AUGGAUGAAGUAAAACACUAUUCUAGUCAAGAAACAAGUAGCUCAGUUGAAGUUGCAGUUGAUAUUACCUCUACUUCAAAUACUUUUGGAAAAGAUAUUGUUGAAAUUCCUUUUUCUUGUGAUAUUAACAUUAAUAAAACAUACUAUGAAGCAUGGAAUGAAAUAAUUAAAAGUAGUAAAAAUGAAACAAAAUAUAAUAUUCAAGAUUAUUCCUCAAAAGUAUUCGCUCCAUGGAGUAUAAUAUUGUGGUCUAUAAGCAAUGCUUUAUGUGCAAUACUAAUUAGUAUAUUUAUUGGUAUGGUCUAUGGACCUUAUUGUCAUAUUCCUUAUCUUUCUGAUGCUGAAUAUGAUGAUAGUUUAGCAUAUUUUAAUUGUAAACAAGCACAUCUAUAUCUUUUAACUCUUUUAUUGACUAUUAGUGGGUUGGCUGUUUUUAGACUUUUUG